AUGAACGAACAUUUAAGUGAGAAACGAAUUAAUUCUAGGUUGAUGAAGUUUUCUCCAUUCGCAUCAAAUACAGCCAAUGAAGACGUGCGACCGAUCAUUGCAUCGAGCUCGUCCGCUCGGAGGUCCGAAGGGGACUCCGAGAGGGCCAGGUCUGACUCAGACUCACGCGGCCAUAAAUGGAGACACGUGCAAGCUGUCAUGGCAUACUACCAGGCACUCAGGAAAAUAAAGAGAACGAAGUCCAAUCAAAGAUGGAUGAAAUUACGAACUACGGUUCAACUCAGCUCAGCGAUCCAAAAGAAACCGACCCUGAAGAGAGAGGAUUCAUUCUUGAAGCGGUUUUCAACGCGCCAGAUACCGGAAACACAAGAAACAGUGGAAGACACUGGAUCUGAAGGGGCGACCGGAGAGCACAGAUCUACCACUCGACAGAGGCGGAGGAAAGUGCGUGCGCCUAGAACUGUCGUUAACCCAGAUGAGAAUUUUUACUUCUACUGGCUCUGGCUCAUUACACUCUGUGUGCUCUAUAAUUUGUGGACUCUUAUCGUGCGUCAGAGUUUUCCUGAGCUUCAGAUGAUGUGCCAUUACUUCUGGUUAACCUGUGACGGUAUCGGCGACCUGGUAUUCGCGUUGGACCUAGUGGUGCAGCUUCGCACUGGGUAUUUGGAGCAAGGGCUUAUGGUGUACGACUCGAAGAAGCUAGCAAAGCACUACCUGUCAUCCCGACCGUUCCUUCUGGAUCUGGCGGCGCUGACGCCCUUGGAUCUGCUGCAACUUCGCAUCGGCAUUAAUCCUAUCAUACGAUUUCCCAGGUUUCUCAAGGUGUACCGAGCUGUAAGCUGCUACUACAUAGUUGAGUCUCGAACGGUAUACCCCAACUUCUGGCGGGUCAUUAACCUCAUCCACAUCCUGCUCAUCCUGGCACACUGGUUUGGUUGCUUCUACUUCCUGCUCUCCGAGGCUGAAGGCUUUCAGGGCGACUGGGCGUACCCGCACCGACCCGGUGACUAUGCGACACUUACCCGGAAGUACCUGGGCUCUCUCUACUGGUCCACACUCACCCUUACAACUAUCGGAGACUUGCCCACACCCGAAACUAAUGCUGACGCGCUGGGACGCCCCAAAUUUCUGCCACGCAGGGGACUCAAGUCCCGACUCCUGCAGUUCAGGUCUAACCGAGGAUAUGUGUUCACAAUAGUGAGCUACUUGAUUGGUGUAUUUAUAUUCGCAACCAUAGUGGGCCAAGUUGGCAAUGUCAUUACAAACAGAAAUGCGAAUAGGCUCGAGUUUGAGAGGCUUCUCGAUGGAGCCAAGACAUACAUGAGACAUCAUAAGGUUCCGGGUGGCAUGAAGCGUCGUGUGCUCCGUUGGUAUGACUAUUCGUGGUCGAGGGGUCGCAUCCAGGGUGGAGGUGACAUCAACACAGCUUUAGGUCUGCUUCCCGAUAAGCUAAAGACCGAGCUCGCACUUCACGUCAAUCUUAGCGUGCUGAAAAAGGUAACAAUAUUUCAAGAGUGCCAGCCGGAGUUUCUUCAUGAUUUGGUUUUAAAAAUGAAAGCUUAUAUUUUCACACCCGGAGACUCAAUUUGUAGAAAAGGUGAAGUAGCACGGGAGAUGUUUAUCAUAGCUGAUGGGAUCCUGGAAGUGAUUUCAGAAACAGGCCGCGUCCUUACCACCAUGAAAGCCGGAGAUUUCUUUGGGGAAAUCGGUAUUCUAAAUCUCGACGGUUUAAAUAAGCGUACCGCAGACGUACGGUCUGUGGGUUACUCUGAGUUGUUUUCCUUGUCUCGUGAAGACGUCCUUGCAGCCAUGAAGGACUACCCAGAGGCGCAGGAUAUCUUGCAGACCCUCGGCCGGAAGAGACUUCAAGAGGCCAAGAGCAUGGCGCGGCAGAAGCCCAAGAACGAAGUUAGUCCCGACAAGACGGGAGGCGACGAUAGCACUUCAAAGCGAAUCGUCCAUAAGCUGCGUACCGAUGUCAAAGGUAUCCGCAACGCAAUCCGCCGAUCGCGCGGUGGAAGGCGAUCGGGCGAAACCUUGGAGAUGCGAGCCAUGUCCGACCCCAAAGUACUCCGCCGCAUGCCUCGCGUUCACAGCGACGACUCACAGCACCAAGAGGAACAGGCUGGUGACUCUGCGCAUAAAGAGACUGAAAAAACAGUAUCUCCUCUCGGAGCGGGUUUGCCUCUGCUUUCACGAUUAAAACUCCUUAAGGAAAAACAGGAUCGAGAGGAGAAAGUGGCAAAGCAGUGGCAUCUAACAUCAUCAGUAGUGUCGCCUCCGCCCCCGCAACCGACUCCGUCCACUAGUUCCGCUCCCGACCCGGAACCGGAAGUCAUCGGUGCUGGCCUUCCUCUUAUACAAAGAUUACUUCUUCUAAAAGCUAAAGAAGAGAGAGAAAAAAAUCAACUUACACCUACGUUGAGUAACCAGCCCUCAAGCUCUGACACCAUUAGCCCCAAUUCUCUGAAGAGCCCCUUAAGUCCAACGAUCAAAACCUUAAGCCCGUUUCGAAAAGGCUCAGAAUCAAGCUCACCUGGCAAAUUUUCAAAUUCAAGGAAAAAUUCUUCGGGGUCCAGUGACGGAGCUUCCAAACCAAAAGUCAGUUUUAGGAAUAAAAUACUGCAAGUACAGAGCGACGGCACUGCUGUAUGUCAACCGCUUAGUAAAGAAAUUACCGAUAAACCGGCUGCAGUCGUUGAACCUACCCCUAAAACAGAAAGUAGUUUAAUAUCAAUUCCACAUUCAGUAGUCAGUAAAAUUAAAUCACCAGCUAAAGUGGUAGGUUCGACAUUCCGAGAUAAGUUAAGAUUAUUGCAAAAUGGAUCAAAUAAAGACAACGAUAGAAAUAAAUUGUCCUUACCUGAUAAAAGUUCAGUUGAUGUUACUCAGGUUCAGAAAAAGGAUAGUCAGGAGGAAAGUAAAACUAAGAAACCUUGGAGUAAAUUAAAGAAAGCUGCAAUAUUAGGCGAAUCUAAAACCUAUAGGAAUAGUAAUUUAGACAACAUUAAUAGUGAGACACCCAAAAAAUGUUCAAAUGAGAGGAAAAUUGAAAGUGGAAAUUUGAGUAGUCAUACGCCUGUAAUUAACACGGCAGAGCUUGUCAAAAUAGAUAAUAAUAACGUAGAGAUUAAUAGAGACUGCAUUAAUAGUGGUAAGCCUAAAUUAUGCGUUACAAGUUCUGGAACCGAUCAAGAAAAAUCUUUAGAUUUGUUAACUUCUUCCCCGAAGAAGACGGAGAUACAAGUCCAUGAAGCAAAAAAAGUUAUUACGAUAGGAACAAUGUUGUUGCCUAAGGUAAAAAAAUAUAAAUCAAUAGACGAUCUAUCCCCGGAGUAUGGAGGACUCCCUUUUGUAAAAAAAUUAAAAAUAUUGAAUGAAAGGCAAAAAUUAGCUGAAUUAGAAAAAGUAGUUAAAAUAAGAAGUUCUAGUUUAGAUUGUGCAAGUUCUUCGGAAGACUUGCUUUCCGAUACCUUAACUCGUAGUCAUUCAGAAGGAAGCACAAUGGACAAAAGAAAAUACAAAAGAAAAUCUUCUGAAUCUAUAGGAAGCCAUGAGUCUAAUGAGACGUUAGAGAGACGAACGUUAAAGUCUAUCUUGAAAAAGUUGUCAGAAGACGUAACACCUGCAGAGAGUCCACAAAGAGGCAAAGAGUUACGAAAAUUAAUUCGAGCACCAACGUUGGAAGGUUAUGCUGCAAGACAUUCCAAAUUUGCUAAAAGCGUGACUUUCCAUCGUCAUACGCUGCCUUCUCCACCAGGCAGUGCCUUGUCUGAUAUAGUAGACGAUGUGUUCGAACUCCCAGAACCAAAGAAAGAGCCACCAAUACAGACAGAAUCAUCCACUGAUACUCCAUUUUCGCAAAGUCAAAUCGUAAAAUCAAGUCCUGAUGUAAUUAUACCACGUGAAGAUUACAGCAUAAAUAUAAAAUCUGAAUAUGAAUUACAGCAAAAUUUAGAUUUUCAAUCACUCCGGCCUGAAGAUAUAAAACUGCCUUCUGAAAAACCGAAAAUCACAUUAAUAUCAGCAGUUGCUAAUCAAAGGAAACUUCUACGAGCAUCUUUAGAAGAACAAGAAUACUUUGGAGAAGUAUUGUUGGGCAUCAAACAAGUUAUUGAAGGGCAUUUAUACGAAGUGCAAGGAAAAUUUCAAGAAAGAUUCGCUAGUUUAGAAAGUGAAGUAAGAAAACGAGACGAAAUAAUAUGUCAACUACAGAAUAGAAUUCAAGAAUUAGAGAGACUAGGUUUGUCGGCCCCAUUGUCUCUGAAAACCAGUAUUGAGCCCGUUCUUGAAGAAAAUGGAAACAUACCGAAUCUCAAUAAUGAUAGCUCAGCUAGUGAGGGGUCAGAUGUUAAUGAAGGUUUUAUGAGAGGAGAUUCUCUUGAUACAGUAUUUGCAACAUCUCCGGGUGACGAUGACAAGAACAAACCGCCUCUCAAAUUAGCUCUGUCAUCCAGUAAACACGUAUCAAAUGACGAUUUGACUGAAGAAAAGUUAGCAGAACUAACUGGUGGGAUUGAACUGUCGAAAUUAACAUAUUCAGAAUUACAAAGUUUAGCUGAAUCGAUAUCAAGUAGAACUACUAAAGCUUGUUCCAAGAAAGAGACGUGGAGCGUCAGCAAGUCAAAGAGGCUGGACUUAAAUCUAGAUGGGAAAGCCGGGACUUAUUCAAGGAAACGCGCAGCCAAAGUAAAACAAAGAAAAUCGUGGGAUCAAUAUCAGAGCGAUCAGGAAACAGUGGAAAUGCAGAAUUUGACAAGAUCAAUGUCACCACAAAUAACAUCAGAAAAUCGAUCGUUACUAAGUCCCGAGCAGUCGAGUCUGAGAUCCAGCAGACGAGGAAUGCCAUUCCACUUUUUCGGAUCCCAUCUGGAUAACACCAAAUCCAAAAUCAAGAAAACUCUUUCUGUAGAUACUGGCAUGCAUCAUACUGGAAGGAAAAAAAAACAAAGUCGGGACGAGCGCAAAUUUAGCUUAGGAUCAUUUUUUGGGUCACGUCGGGGGAGCGGGUCUCAACAAGAAAAAUCGCACUGCAACGAUGUAGUGCUGGAUAUCGGCAGCGAUGCCAGUUGGAGCAACACGACAUCGACAUCGUCCAGCGAUUCUGAGUCCAUUCCUCAUACCCCAGUAUUUGAAGAGUUCGUGGACAGCAAGCGACUUUGUCAAAGAGCGGGACAUGGAAAUAAUUCUUCUGUUAGAGGUUUCUCUGGAAGUGGAGGAGACUGGGAGUUAAUGAUGCUGGCUGAUGAGUUGGAGAGGCGAGAAAGGCGCGACGAUGGUCGAGCUCUACUGCCUCCCUAUCCAUCUACUCUACGGGACCUUGAGGAGGAGUCUGACAGUCCACAACGCGAGGACAGCGCGGACGACGUGUCCAACCUAGAAGAGUCGUCCUCGAGUACGCAACUACUAUCGCAGUCCCUCAGUGACCACCUCGAAACUUCCUUCACUGAACACAGAAGAACCCCGCACCGCCUCGGCUCGUUAGGAGACCAGCCGAGGACGGAGGCUUCCCGGAUGAUGGUCCGAGCAUCGAGCCUCGACCCAGCCCCUCGCACCGCACCUCCUCCCCGCCGCGCCACCUCGCUUCGUAGCUGCAGCGACACUCAUCGCAAACGGCUAUGA